UCGAACUGGCUGGCGCCUGCUGAGCGUGAUUCUUCACAGCAACCAACCUCCAAGAAUUAUGGCUAAAACAUCCACAUCUACAGAUGGACAAGACCCAAACUGGGGAAGAGUACUAAUUUGCGGUGGGACGGACUGGCCGAAACUGGGGAAGAAAGAACGUGGUGGAAAAGGUGAAGGUAAUCCUGAUGCACCAGACCUCCUCGAGCCCUAUAUCCUCCGUUCUCUCAGCAAUAUCAAAGUCGCUUCCAUACACGCGUCAUGUUUCGGGUGUCACUUCAUCCUUCUUGAUGUGGACGGCGCAGCGUGGAUGUUUGGGCGGAAUGCAUCUUCUGCACUUGGCGUGUUAGGAGAGGACGCGAUAUCUGAAGACACUCCGCGACGCGUGCUUCCGACAGACUUGGGUGCAGAAGAAGGCACUAGAUUCGUGUAUGCAGCAUGUGGACGUAGUCAUUCCUUGUUAGUAGGCGAUGAUGGACAGGUCUGGUCUGCGGGCGCGAAUAACUUGGGUCAGUGCGGACAUCCGGUCGUCGCGCAGAUACCCACUUUCGAAGCGAUUGAAGGGCCUUUUCUUGAUGGCGGAAGACAGCACGUCAUCAAGGCAGCAGUGGGCGUAACGUUUUCUAUUAUACUCACCGAUGAUGGCAAAGUCUUCUCUUUUGGCAGUGGCGAGAAGGGACAGUUAGGAAAUGGUAGGACGGGAGAACAUAUUAUUACCGGAAACAAGACGGCGUUUGACAUUGAGACUGAACCUAUACCCGUGAAAGGACUUGACGAUAAGACUAUCAUAGACAUCGCAUGCGGGCCGCAGCACAGCGUAGCCCUUGAUUCCCAAGGCCUCGUGUACGUGUGGGGUUAUAACGGGUACUGUCGGCUUGGUCUGGGCAACCAACAGGACGUCCUCAUCCCUAAAGUAGUCCCGCAUUUUGCCGGACCGAAUGAAAUAACAAUGGGCGCUCAUAUUAUCGCCGGCCCUUCGAAUACCGUGGUUCUGGACAAGCAAAGAUUGUAUUGGAUGGCCGGAAAGUGGAAGAAUAGCGGAGAAGGAUCCUCCGGCUCGCCAUACUCUUCAUUUAGGUUUAUUCAAGAUCUAAUGGGUUGUAAAAUAUCUGGUGGCAGUUGCGGUGGAGUGACCCAUUUCGCUCUCACGACCGAUGAUGACGGCGGUGUCAUGACAGUUGCUUGGGGGCAAAAUGCAUCCUACGGUGAACUCGGUCUGGGGCCUGAUGAACCAAAAAGCGCCACAAAACCCACUCGCCACCAGCCUCUCGCUGGGAUCGAGGUUAUAAGCGUGGCAGCCGGUCAACAUACCACCUUGUUCUUGGCAAAACCAAAUGCCAAAUUCUCUGAUCUUCCACGUCAUCCCCUUGAAGUCGACGCCCCUGAACUCUGUAUAGUCUGCGACAAGGAUAACGGGGAUGAUGAUCCUGCUUUGGAAUGUGACAAGUGCGAUCAUCCAUACCACCUGGGCUGCCUUAAUCCUCCUCUGGAGGCCAUUCCAGAAGGUGAAUGGUUCUGUCCUAAAUGCGUCGGUGAGCUGGGUGCCCUUUCAGGUCACGACUCCAAAUCGUCCGGAAAAAAGGGCACCAAAUCGUCGCCGGACACCAAGGGGGGCACGAAGAGGAAGGCAACUUCUUCUUCGAAAGAAGGCGCUCCUAAACGUAAAAAAUAACGAUACAUGGAAGAUAUGCAAGACCCAAACAUAAUACAUCCGAAACUAUACCUUCUCUGGAAAUGUUCUUUGUGUACUACAUUGACUAUUCUCGGUG